UCUCACACACACACACCCUUGCAUGCAUUUACGCCUACACCAGCCGGGCGUGGAGUCCCUGUGUCUCGGACAGUUAGCUUUUUCCCCCAGCAUCGGACAGUGAUAAUACGAGGUGUGUGUGUCUUCAGUGACUGCGUCUGCCUGCGACACUCACUCGAAGUGAGUCGCCUCACACACACGCCGGGCAUUCACCAUGGCAGCGGAAUGUGUACCGGAGGGGCCCGACCUCAAGGAGAUAGGUGAGGAAGAUGUGUGGGAGCUGAUCAACGACAACCGUCAUCGUAUCUCCCUGGGUGUGAAGCCAUGUAUGUUGAUCCCCUACCUGCGCCAAGCCAGGGUCCUCACAGAGAUGGAUGAAGAUGAGAUCCUCUCCUGCCUCAAGCUCAACAACAGCUCCAUGAGGACCAGUCACAUGCUGGACCUGCUGCAUAUCCAGGGGAGGAACGGUGCAAUGGCCCUGCUGGAGAGCCUGAUGAUCCACUACCCCACCAUCUACACCCAGGUCACAGGCCGCAAGACAAGCACCGAGCCCUCUGGCUUCAGUGGCCUGAUUAAGUACUCGGACUUGACUGAGUACCUGGUCAAAGCCUUGACAGGGAUGCAGAAGGAGCUGAAGGAGGCUCGGCAGGAGGCCAGUCGGCUGGGGUCACGUUGCACCUCCCUGGAGGCGCAGCUAGGUCAGACUCUGGAGCGGCAGGAGGAGUCUCGCCGUCUUAAGGCCGACCACAGCCGCUUGAGGAAGCACUUGGCUGCCGCGCACCACGACAUCUUGAAGCUGAAGGACGAGAAGUGUGGCCUGUAUGCGCGGUACACCGCCGUCAUCGAGGAGAGGUCGGCCGCCAACAUCCACUGCAGCGACCUCAACCUGCAGGUAUAUCAGCUUCAGUUUGAGCUGCGCAAAGCCCAGACAGAGACGGACUUUGAGAGGCAGCGCUCGCUCAAGUGCCCCACCCCCAGCGAGACGCAGCGACUGCAGGACGAGAUUAGCGCUCUGCGCAGGCAGCUACUGGUGGGCGAGAAAUUCACCCCAGCGUGUGAGGAUAUCCUGGGCCAAGACCUGGUUGAGGCCAGGGAUGUCCAUAUAGAGCUUGCUGAGCAGCUCAGGUGCUACAGAGAGGAGAAUGAGCAGCUGACCCGCGAGAGGCAGGAGACGGUGGAACAUAAAGAGUAUCUGGCACUGCAGGUUCAGAAGCUGACUCUGGACUGUGAGAUGUACCAGCAGAAGGGUACUGUCAAACAGAGCCAACUGAGGGAGCUCCAGGCAGAGAGAGACCACGCGUGCCUGUCCAGGGACGAGGCCCAGGCCCAGAUAGCCAGGAGCCUGGCUGAGAAGGACACGCUGCGCAGCGCGCACACUGUAUACAUACAAAUGCACAUUGUGUACACACCCACGCAUUCUAAACGAGAUACUAACGACGAACGUGUGUCUGUCCGUCUCCAGGAACGGACGUUUAGCUGGGAGAGCCAGGGCUCCAGCAGUGGCAGCCUCCCCUCCAGCCCCUCCCCUCCAGCCCCUCCCCUCCAGCCCCUCCCCUCCAGCCCCUCCCCUCGUUCCCGCCUCCGCCGCAUGCAUGCAAUUUGCCCCGAUUCCAAUUCCAUGAGGGGAUCCAAUAUAAAGAGUGGUGAUAUCACUCCAAGUAGUGUCCAGUCCCAAAAUGUGGAGCCUCCAUGCCCAGAGUCACUGCGGACACGAGAAAAGACCCUAUGGUACAACCGAGACAGCUCGGAGACGGCUGAAUGUGACGUCUUACUUGACAAUGACUUUGUGUUCAUCCCCGGUGGCAAUGAGGUUGAGCAAUCUGUUAUGUCAAACAUGCCUUCCUGCCAAAGCAACAACAGUGAUGGUCUCUCCAGGGCAUCAGCCCCCCCGUUCCUGCUGCGCUCCCGGCCCCGGGCCAUGCGCAUCACUGGCCGGGUCCUGACCAUCUCCUUCCAGGGGGAGGCGCUGCUGAGCCAGCUGCAGGUGGUGGGGGGUAACAAGACGGGAGUGUUCGUCCACCAGGUCACUGAGGGCUCCGCCGCCAACACAGUGGGCAUUAGUUCGGGGGCACAAAUUCUGGAGGUGAAGUAUGAGCAGGCUCAGCAGGCUCUAAGGAUGGUUCUGGAGGACACCACCCUGGAAGAGGCCAUGUGGGCUCUGGGGCAGGUCCGAGGCUUCUGCCACCUCUCCCUGAGGCCCAACCAAGAUGCCUAUGAGAAGCUCCUGCUGCAGAGUGGCGAGGCCAUGUCAGGUGACUCCUUCUACGUGCGCGUCAACAUGACGUUACCCGGGGGCUCGCAGGACGCUCUGUCCGUUUCCUGUAACGACAUCCUCCACGUCACAUGCACCCUCCCAGCGGGCGCUGACCGCUCCUGGAGGGCCAGCCACGUCCACCCUUGCCAACUGCUGGAUCUCAAGACUGGCAACUUGCCCAACUACUACAGGGCCCAACGCCUGCUGAUCAGCGCUAUCGAGAACAUGAGCAUCCAACCCAUGGCACUUAGAAAGGCCCGGGACAAGCAGAAGACUGUGAGGAUCGUCAGUACGGGGAGACAGGGGAGGAAUCCUCUGUGGGUCUGUGUAGAAGACAGCAAGGACAAGAGCACUGGGCCAGGGGAUGGCUCUGCACCCAGAGGCUGUUUGACCCUCAUGCCCUACACCCUGGUCACGCCCCACUACCCACCCGUCUGUCGUCCGGUCCUCCUGCUACCCACAAUUCUCGGCCGUGUCCUGGAUCAGAAGCUGGCCGAGUGGCAUGGCUUUCAGUUGUGUGAGCCAGAGUUAUUGAGUUCCAGCGAGCACGCUGCCAGGCUGCAGAGGUCUGAGGUGCUGGAGGAGUGUGAACAGGGGGGUCAGCGGUGUUACACCUUGCAGAGUGUUGAGAGGGUCAUGAAGCAGGGUACUCACUGUGUGCUGCCUCUAGGUCUGGACUGUGUACGCCGCCUCCACAGGGCAGAGAUCUUCCCCAUCAUCAUCUUCAUCGCCCAGUCCAAGUCCAGAGCAGCACGCAAACUCAAGUCUAAGGUGCAGCGUCAGGGCUGGUCCGAGGAGCAGCUGCUGGAGUGUUCUCGCAGCGAGGAGUCCCUGCUGGACAAGCUGCCCUGCCUCUACCGCAUCGUCAGCCCUGACUCGUGGGACGACAAAACCACUCUGCUCACCACCCUGCACUCCAUCAUCUUGGGGGAGCAGAAGAAGAUGGUGUGGGUGGAGCCUGAUUUGUGGUGAUUUUUAAGGUAUCAGAGGCACCAAUGUGAAGUUUGUUGAUGAGGUACUCGUGGCCAAAUUGGAUGUCUUUUGAAUUACAAAUUUGUAAAAUAAAUGAUUUGAAUGAUUUGUAAAUGGAGAAGACGGAGAAGAGUUCCAAUAGGCAUUACAUACCUGACCAUUAUGGGACAAGGGAAAUGGAUUGUGAAUGCAUGUGUAACUAUGAUAGCUACCUAUACAUAUUCUGUAAUCCAGGUAGUAUGAGGAGAUGUACCUGCACUUUGGUUUAGCUUCAUUAAGUUCUUGUUGUUUUUUCCAACCUAUAUUUACUUGUAUUGUUUUUGGGAAUCGUUUUUCAAUUAUCUUUAUCAUAAAGAUAUGAUAGUGUUAAAUACUGUGUAUUGUAUUAUACACAGGAUUCCAACAAACCUGUGAAACCAUGGUCAUACCCAAGUCACACCUGAAAUGUAAUGUAGGAAUUCCAGAGUAUGUUGACUUACUGUCGGACACAGUUAAAGUUUCCAUACAAUGAAUGAUUUAAUUACCUAUUCGGAAGUGUGCAAGUCAAGAUAGGGUUGAAGUGUAAUGAUUGUAGGCAUUAUGUGGAUUUAUGUUGGAACAUGUUUUUAAAGCAGUGGUAUUCAAAGUCUGGGUUAAGGACCCCUAAAAAUGAAGAGUACAGCUUAUUUUAUUUGACAAUAUACAAACAUUUUUGAGAAAGACCAUUUCAAAAAUGUAAUGGACUAAAUGUAUUUAUUGAUUUAUUUUCAUUUUGAUAAAAUAUGUAAUACAUUUUUUUAAAGGGUGACAAAGUAACUGAUAUUACACGACAUGAUAACUCAUUGUAUUUUACGAUAUACGAUGACUGUACACAGAGCUCAGGUAUUGUUGACCCUUAGUCACUCACUCUCAGAAUGAGAACAAAGUUCUACUUCUUGUGCAGCGCUUAGCCCCUCCCUCUCUCUUCCACCUACAUCCUCUCUUUAUGGUCUUUCCCUGUCCUCCUAAAGAACCACCAGGUACAGUAUUAGUCACGGUCCCUGAGCCAGCUGUCUAAAACCUGCUUAUUGUGUUAUGAGAUUUAUAUGCAUGUGUUGUGUCAGUUGUGUCAUCUAUCAUAAGAAUAUUUAUGAUAUUGGCUAUGGAAUGAAUUAACAGAUGGUGGUGGUUUAGAGAUAUGGCAAUACUUUUAUUUUGUGUAAUUAAAUAUGUUUAAGAUGUCUUGCCAUCCGAUUGUUACGUGUGUUUACAGGUGCAUUCAAAUCUUUUGGCCACUAAAAGGACAUUAUACUAUAAAAAAAUGUAAAUAUUUUGUGUCUAAAUACAUUUCCUCAUAUUC